AUGGAGCUGCGGGAAGUCGACCGCCUUCUCGAGGAGCUGACUGCGCUACUUGCUUCGCAAGAGAGUGCUGACGACGAUAGUGCUGUUGAACCCGCAAUUCUCAAUGCUGUCGCAGACUACAUCGAAGGGGUCGACCCCGCCGGCGCUGGCCUCGGUCACCUCAGACAAGCACUCGAAGUCGCUGCCGGUGCGGAUGGCGACUCGGCGAAGCAGCGGAUGAAGGCAGCAGGCUGCCGUCGCGCAAUUGGACUGCUGAGCGAUGCCCUCGCGGAGGCGUGA